CCACGCGCAUCGACAACUUUAACUUUAACAACUAGAUAAGCAAGAACAAAAGACUCCACCUCUGAAGUAGAGAGCAGCCUUCCUGGAGCUCAGUUAGACAUCACAGAGCUGUGAUCAUACGCACCACGAUGAAACAGAGCCUGAUAACAGCUCUAAUUCUCUGCAGCAUCAGCUGGAUCUCUGUCUCAGGUUCUGAGUCUCACACUGAGACUGUGGAGGGUCGGCCGGGUGGAGAAGUCACACUCACAUGCUCUUACCCAUCUAACACGUCCAUCCGAGACACUCUAACACUCUGGUUGAGAGUGUUCAACAGAACCAAGGCCAGCUGGAUCUCCACGAUGACCGGCUCUACAGGAAAACCUUUUUACAGUGAUGGAAUUCAAAAUGGAAGAUUCAACAUGAGUACCAACAUCUCCACUCUCUUUCUCCAAAUCAAACAUGUGGAUGUAUCUGACUCUGGACUGUAUUUAUGUGGAUUUUACAUCAAAGGACGUUAUGAUUUCAGUGCAAUACACUUAAAUGUUAAAGGCAGUGAUGAUUCUCAUGAUGACGCUGACAGGAAGUCUGAAAGCAGCGAUGAAUCUCAUGAUGACGACAGGAAGUCUGAAACAGAGUCUGAUGGAACAGCAAAGCUGAUGAGUUUGAUCCUGGGAGCUCUGACUGUUCUCCUCUUAAUGAUCAUCAUUGGUCUGGUUGUUAAAAACAGGAAACUUCAGAAAGCUGCCAAUGAAGAACAGAAUCCACAACAGCCUGAGAACCAGACCUCUGAAGAGCUGAACUACGCAGCUGUAGCUUUCCGUCCAAAAACAAGAAAAACAAGAGAAGUGGAGCCCAAUGUUGUGUAUGCUUCUACUAGAUAGACUCAGGAAGCGACGAGAAAAGCUGUUCAGAGUAAAACUGAUGCUUUAUCAUAUUAAUCAUUAGACAUUGUUAUUGCUGACUUAAUAGCUGUGUGUCUAUACUAGUUUUGGGGAAUAACAAAAUAGAGAUACAGCAGCAAUCCAGUUUGACAGUUUACUUUUGAACUAUUUUUCUCUCUUACAUGCUAUAUCUAACAAACAACAGAAAGACCAUUCAUUACAUGCUUUUCUUGUACACACACAAUGGAAGACACACCAACAAAAUCAGGCUAAAGACUCAAAGCCAAACUAUCCACUGUAAGUUUUUCUCUGCCUGCAAACUGCAUAGGCCUACUGUACCUGUCCUAACACUCUUAAUUAACAAUAUUUAGCAAACAUGAUCUUUUUCAAAGUGCUUUUCACUCAUGUCUCUCAUCUCUCUCUCUCUCUGUAUUAAAAACAUUGGUAUAGUUU